ACUUNCACUGAGCAUUCACUCGUUCAUUUACAGAAAGUUCGAUUCGGAAAAGCUGAAUGCGAUGCGUUGAAAAAAUUCGAAACCCUACAUCAUCAAGAUCUUUGGGCGUGGAUCAUCGAUAAGUCAAAAGAGGGCAUUGAUAAAGGGAAAGAGCUGAGAUUUUUGUCUAUCUCGGAUGAGGCGAAUAUUUUCGCGAUACUAUUAGCUGAGCAGUUGCCGAAUUCAAAGAUGACGUGCGCGAUUCGUAAUGAAUUACCGAAAAUCGACUUGCCAACUAACGUGACUGUGGUGAAUUACAAAACCGUUGAUGAACUCCUAGCUGUAAGUUUUUAUGUGAUUUUUCUUCGCAUGCUAUCCGCUGCGUUCAGUUUCAUUUGCUCAUUAAAAUUUUACGGCUAA